AUGGCUUCUUCUCCAAUGCAUUUCUUUGAUGAACAAGUUGCUGUGCUGGAGGCGUUUUAUGCCCACUACCCAUCUCCCUCAGCUUCUCAGAGGCAUCAGAUCAAGCUGGACAAUGGCAUGCUAUUCAUUGAUGUGGAUGAUGCUCAGAUUCAUGCUUGGUUCAGAAACCGCAGGAACCUUAGCAUGAUGACAAGGGAGGUUCUGAUUGCUAACAAGAAUGUGCUGAUGGAGGAGAACGUGAGGCUGAAGCAUGAUGUGGUGGAACUGAUGCAUGAGAACCACGUCUUACGUCGUAACUUCUCUAACAUCUAUGCACGUAGGAACUGA